AUGUCUCUCUUCGACUCGACCCCUCGCUCCCUCGAGUGCUGCUUCUGCGCUGAACCACUCGCUGUCGAUCCCAACGACGACUACACGGACGCAUGCUCUCGCACAUGCGCAUACCAAUACGCUCUGCUCGCGCUUGAGGGCAAGAUUGACAGGGCUGAGCGCUCCCCGUCGCCAAAGUCACCACCGUCAUCGUUCUCGCCAGACUGGUCGGACGAGGAACUCCCCGAGUUACCAGAGGUGUUCCCAGAGUCCGCACACGUCUCACUCGCAAGCAGUGCCAUAGGUCGCGACAGCAACAUCUCGACUGUUGUACACCCGUCCGCGGUUGAUCCUGUGUACAUCGAGGACUACCCUUGGGACGAACGUCUCACACCUACACCUGUACCCAGUCGCCCAUCCACACCUACACCGGACUCGACCAACCAACAAGAGCGGGUCCGCGACACCCGUCUCAUACGGUUGAUGUUCAACGCAACAGACCGUCGCGCGGACAAAGGGCCCCAAGUCCAUUUUGAAGACGGGUCCGCGACGCCUGGCCGCAGUGGCAGCACGAGCGCGCUGCGAAGGAUAGUCUCGGGCGUCAGCCUCAAGCGGUCUCGCUCGGAUAGCCGUCCUGCACCUCCUGCUCAUACGCUCGCAAAGUCUCGGUUGGGACAUGGGAAAUGA